AUGGAUAGAACAGCUAUUCCAUCUCGAUCGGAAAGGGUUUUGUGUAAGUUGUCUGCGAGCACAACUCAUCCUGGGCGACGUAAUCUGACCAAGCUCCAGAUUUUGCAAUUCAGCAUCUACUGCCCACGUACCCAAUCAGGCCCCGAAGAAAAUAUUUCCUACCAAAAGGGUGAGCGGCUCUGGUACUUUUAUGGCUCGAUUAAUAUUGUAGAAGAAGUUGCGCGGCUUAUCAAUAACCAAUGCGGAGCUGUGGCCGUGGCGGGUUGGAAGCGGAAGGCCGUUAUGGUGCUGACAAGCUCUUGUGCAGUGUGUGCGAGUCCCUCAAUACGUGAGGCUGUCACGAAGACUGUUCAACCCCGCGCGGGAAGAAAUCUCCAACUGAUGAUUUUCGAUCCCGAUACAUUUCAUGCACGGGGUGGAGACGAAGAUUUGCCCGACAGCAUCCAGUCUACAAUUGGGGACCGCCAGGAUCCACCACCAACAGUUACGGGAGAGGAUAAGCAAAUUGACCAAGUACGACGGUUUUGCGCGGACAGAAAGGGGCCACAAUCGUCAUUGUCCGAGGAAGUAAAUACGCAAACCGGAAGUGUUCAGAUGAGCAACCACUCGAAGUGGAUUGUAAAUAAAUUGGCCUAG